AUGAGCAAUUCACGAAAGUCCGGUGGCAAGACCACAGGUUUAUUGGGAAAUACGAAUUCUACUAACACUACAACCACUCAUAGCAAUCAUUAGCAUCAUAAGAACCUUAGGAGGCAUCUGGAUAUGGGUCUCCCAAAUUAUGGUGGUGAUAACAGUUCCGGAUCUAAUAACUAAACAAACUUGUUUGAAAUAAAAAAGAGAUCUAUCGACUUUUUUUAGCAAGAGGAGCAGACGCUGAUUCUCUACGUAUAUUACGAAUAUUUGAUUAAUUUAGGGAGGGCAAGUCCGAAAGAAGCUUACACCAAUCAACAAAAAAGAGGAUCGAGUAGCGGAGGCAUCGGUGGUCCCAUUAUUAACAAUAUGUUUGGAGCAGAUAAUACUGGUUACUAAGGAGAUUAAGAGUAAAACGUAGCUUAACUUUCAAAUACUGCGAAAUCGAACGGAUUUUUUAGAAGAAAUGCCUCGAAUUCCGGUAGCAAGCAAAAGAAUGUCAAUGAUCAGUAGCUCUCCUAUCCUGCUAAUGGUAACGAUGUAUCACAGCCCAAAGCUCAAAUUGGAAACUCGCCAUAAAUGUCUCCUCGGAAUAUAAAAGACCUUCUAAAAAUGAGGCAUGCUGUUGAAAGUAUAAGAAAUAGAAAGAGCACUACAAGCUAGAACAACGAGUUUAUUUAAAGCCUUAAAGUGGCGCAAAAUAACUCGGGCAACUUCUAGGGGGCAGGAGCGAAUAGAUAAAGCAUAAAAAGAACACCUUCCAAUGAAUCCAGUUUUGUCAACAAAAAUAAUGGAGCUAAUUAACAUCCACAUUAGAUUAAUCAUCAUCCGGAUUUUAAAACAAGACCAAUGAGCGGUACAUCUAAUAAGGGAAGUAACAGCAGUAUCAAACAUACAACCACAAAGUCUUCAAUGAACAACCCUACCAAAGGUUAGGCAAUGUAACAGCCGUUAACAUAAGACCAAUUAAUUGAUUAUAUAUCAAAGCUUAUUAAGAAUAAUAAAAAGCACUUCGAAAAAGAUCCAGCUAACGAAGAAGUUAUUGCUAACUUAAAACAAUUUCUAUAACAAUAAUUUGAUGAUAAAAAUGGAACUAUGGGUGGCUAUCAAGUAGAAGAUUCAACUUAGUUUAAUAGCCUUAUUAAUGACCUGCUAAGGAUGAAUUAUCACUAACCUUCACCUUCAUUGAGCGGUUCAUAAAAAGGAAAGCCAGUUGGAAAAGAUAGAGCGAAUUCAGAAAAAAAUUAGUCAACAUAUUCUAGUUCAUAAUCAACUUAACAGUAACACGCUAAUAAUAGAUAUAGUGGAGCUGGAGCAGGUGCACAGCAUCAAUAGAAUAACCCUGUUUAGUAAGUUAAGAUUUCGCGUCCUACAAUUAAUUUGUCAAUAAAUAAAAAUGUGCAAAAUGUAAUGAUCACUCCAAUGAGCUAUCCUUAAGGGCAAUAAUAAAACCAGUAAUAAUCAUAGAACUCAACUAAUAAUACUAGAGGACCAGCUGCACAGAAGAAAAGGACAUCUUCAGAGGACAAUGUGAAUAUCUAGUAGUAAAAUCAGCAAAGAGCAAUGAUGGCAUCGACUUAGCAGUAAAACUCUCAGAUUACAUCAGUAUUUUAAAAUGUUAAUCCCUAAUAAGUUCAGCAGACUCCUUAAUAACAUAGAAAAAAUUUACCUUCUCUAGAUACAGAGCGCUAAAAGCAAUCUAGAUCUAAAAAUAGAGGCACUUCUAAUGAUAUUCCUAUGGCCAUCCAAAUAAACAGUGCAUAAAAUUAUUAACCAUAGAGCCGAGAAAAUUCUCAAUCCAGUUAUAAAUAACUAAAGCCUGGCUCGACACCAGGUGCACACAGUGCCGGUGGAACCUCAGGAAACGUUAAUAUUUCUCAAGAUAACAUUUCACAAUUCAAUCAAUCAACUUCAAAUAAUUUAGACGGUGCUACUAAAGUAGAUGACACAGUUAUACAAGAAAGAGAUAGACUGAUAAAAUUUGUAAAGUCAUACAUUAAAAAACAUAAUGAGUUACCCCCUACAACGCUCGAGUAUUAUAAAUUCGUCAAACUGAUAGGUAAAGGAGCCUUUGGUAAAGUAACUCUAGGUAUUCAUAAACUAACUGGAAAAUAUGUAGCAAUAAAGACCAUUGAAAAAUCUUAUAUGAAGGAUGACUUUAGUAAAAGAAAGGUAUUCUAAGAAGUUUACCUUCUCAAAAAGAUUAAGCAUUCUAAUGUGAUCAGGCUCCUUGAAGUAUUUGAAAGCAGCAAGCAUAUGUUAAUGGUGAUGGAGUAUGCUGGCGGUGGUGAUUUAUUGCAUCUUAUUAAGCGCAAAGGUAAACUACAAGAGUCAGAUGCCAAAUUCAUAUUUAAGCAGAUAGCCUAUGGAUUGGCUCACAUUCAUUGUAGAAGUGUCAUUCAUAGAGAUAUCAAGCUUGACAAUAUUCUACUAGACUGCGAGAAGGGAGUCAAAAUCUGUGAUUUUGGUGUGUCCAAAAUUAUCAAAAAAGGCCAAAUUAUCUAAGAGUAGUGCGGUACACCUGCCUAUCUUGCACCGGAAAUCAUCAUUGAUAAAGGAUACGAGGGUUUUUUUGUAGACAUAUGGAGUCUCGGAGUUUUACUUUUUGCUAUGCUCUGUGGAACAGUGCCCUUCAAAGCAUAAAAUCUAGAAGAUCUUCAUAAGCUUAUACUGAAGGGAGAAUUUGCAUUCCCUGUUGAAUUAAGCAGUGAAGCUUAAGCUAUUGUCAGAGGAAUGAUUAAACUCAAUCCUAGAGAGAGACUAACAAUUCCUUAGAUUCUGGCACAUGGAUGGCUGAAAGAGACAAAUGAAGAUGAUUCCGAAGAUGAAGAGGAGGAAAAGAAUGAAGAUGGAGAGCCUAAAGAUUAAAAAGGAGGAGCUGUUGGGGGUUAAGGUGCCACCAAUUAAAAUCAAUAGAAAUCCUAGGACAUUGAUCUGAAAAGCAUUCAAGGUAAUGUUAACUAUGUUAACGUCGAUAAUCUCUUCUAUGAUGAAAACUACGGAACCAAAUUGUCUUACACCGAUUAUUGUUGUAUCACAGAAGAUUUCUCAACUGAAAAUAUUGACGAGGAAGCAUUGAAAGUAUGUGAAAAUUUCGGCUUCCCUCGCUAGUUCAUGAUAAAAUGCCUUAAUCGUGGCGAUCUGAACCAUGCCACUGCAUGCUACUAUUUGUUAACUAAUGCAGGCUGA